CAGGGCUGUCUGAGCCAUGAACGGCCUCAGAGAGUUCAUCCUCUGCUGGGCUUGUGCAGCCUGGGCUACAGUGGAUUCAUCCCUAGUAAAAACAGAUCAGGAAGGAUUCCAGAAAUGCAAGGAUGCCUUGAAUCUACCAACUCUAGAAGUCUUGCCUGGAGGAGGCUGGGAUAACCUGAGAAAUGUGGAGGUGGGACGCGUGUUGGCCUUGACAUACACCAACUGCAGGACCACAGAAGAUGGACAAUAUAUCAUCCCCGAUGAGGUCUUCACCAUUCCCCAGAAACAGAGUAAUUUGGACAUAAACUCGGAAAUCCUGGAGUCCUGGACCAAUUACCAGAGCAGCACCUCCAACUCCAUCAAUUUGGAGCUCUCCCUCUUUUCCAAAGUCAACGGCAAGUUCUCUUUUGAUUUUCAGAGGAUGAAGACUCUUCAAGUGAGAGACCAAGCCAUCACUACCCGGGUCCAAGUUAGAAAUCUGGUCUACACCGUCAAAAUGAAGCCAGCUUCAGAACUAAGUUGGAGGUUUAAGAAUGAGCUACUGAGUAUCUCUGAGCGUCUGGAAAGCAACCAGACUCGGAUGGCAACCUACUUGGCAGAACUCCUGGUUCUCAACUAUGGCACUCACAUCACUACCAGUGUGGAUGCUGGCGCUGCCCUCAUUCAAGAGGACCACAUCAGAAGCUCUUUCCUGCAGGACAGCCAAAGCAAUGUUAUUACAGCCUCUGCCGGAACUGCCUUCCUAAACAUCGUGAACUUUAAAUUUGAGGAUAAGUAUGUCUCACAGAAUAUCUUCGUCAAGAACUACCUCUCCAACCGAACCAACUCCAGGGUGCGAAGCAUUGGAGGGGUGCCUUUUUACCCAGGCAUUACCCUCCAGACCUGGCAACAAGGCAUCACCAAUCAUCUGGUGGCCAUAGACCGAGCUGGUCUGCCUCUGUAUUUCUUCAUUAACCCCGAUAUGUUGCCUGAUUUGCCAGGGCCCUUGGUCAAGAAAUUGUCUAAGACAGUAGAAGCUGCUGUGAGGCGCUAUUAUUUCUUCAAUACCUACCCUGGGUGCACAGAUGCCAGCUCACCCAACUUCAACUUUCAAGCCAACACCGAUGAUGGCUCUUGUGAGGGAAAAAUGACCAACUUCUCCUUCGGUGGAGUGUAUCAGGAAUGCACCCAGUUGUCAGGGAAUGACAUGGUCCAACUCUGCCAAAAAUUGCUGCAGAAGAACCCACUCACUGGUGACUUCUCCUGCCCCUCUGGUUACUCCCCGACCCACCUAUUGUCUCAGACCCAUGAGGAAGGUUACAACCACUUGGAGUGUCACCGUAAAUGUACCCUCCGCAUCUUCUGCAAGACAGUAUGUGAGGAUGUGUUCCGGGUGGCAAAAGCUGAAUUUCGGGCUUUCUGGUGUGUGGCUAGUGGACAAGUCCCUGAAAAUUCUGGGCUACUGUUUGGGGGUCUCUUCAGUGGGAAGAGCAUCAACCCUUUGACAAAUGCCCAGUCGUGCCCCACUGGCUAUUUCCCACUGACUCUCUUUCAAAGCCUCAAGGUAUGUGUCUCUCAGGACUAUGAGUUAGGAAGCAAGUUUUCUGUCCCAUUUGGUGGCUUCUUUAGCUGUGCCAUUGGGAACCCUUUGGUAGCUAGUGCUUCAUCCAAAGAGUUAGGGGCACCAUUUCCCAAAAAGUGUCCUGGGGGCUUUAGCCAACACCUCGCACUCAUCAGUGAUGGAUGCCAAGUGUCUUACUGUGUCAAAGCUGGACUCUUCGCGGCACAGUCUUUGCCUCCUGCCAGGCUCCCCCCAUAUACCCAGCCACCCCUUAUGAGUCAGGCUGCCACCAACACAGUCCUGGUGACAAAUCCAGACACUGCAAACUCCUGGAUUAAGGACUCGAAGACCCACUACUGGAGGCUGGGAGAGCCUUUGGAGCUGCGUCGGGCCAUGAGGGAUUUCCAGGAGGAUGGCAGUGGACUGUCAGGAGGAGCAUCCGUUGGAGUUUCCAUCGGCAUCAUCACUGGCCUGGCAGCGGCCAUUGCAUUGGCUAUCUACAGCUUCCGUAAAUACAAGAAGAAGGACUAUCAGGAAAUCAAGGAGGAAAGGGAAAAUUUGACUCCCAGCAUGGUGGCAGUCAAAGACAGCCCUGAGGAAGAGCAGGGGAAGAGUCCAGUCUAAAUCUCUCCAGGGAGACCCUCUAAUCUACCUCCAGAGCUACAAGUUUCUCUUUCAUUUCUUCUCUUCUUCAGUUCUCCUAGGAACUGAAGUGACCAUUGCAACAAAAAAGCAAGUAC